AUGGGCCGGUUCUGGAGGCCAUGCGGGUGUGAUGCCAUCCCCGAGGCUCCAGGGAUCUUGCUCUCCUUCGUUCUCGUUUUUUGUUUUUUUUCUUUAAACACGCGGCACGGCCCACCUCAGGCGUAUGAAACAAGUAGAUGA